AUGGAACCCCAGAAGCUACUGAGCAUUGGAUUUCUGCUGUGCUCAUUGAUUUACCUCUUAGAAACUGUAGUUUCCUCUAAGUCACCUUUAUUUGCCUUUGGAAUACAAGACGAAGUGGAAUUGAAACCACGCUCAAGGGAAAACCGCAUGUCCUGGCUGGGCAACUUCAGGGAUUAUUUGUGGGAUCUUAUCAAAAGCUCCAUACCUCCAGCAGCCAUUUUUGCUUUUCUUGUCAGUACAGCACUAAUGGGGACCCUCUGCUGCCUCACAUGUGGGAAGUACAGGCAGCUCUUGACAGCUGAAGCAAACACUGAAAUUGCUAACACCUAG